AUGAAGAGUAUUUCUCAUUUGUGUGUACUUGUUCAUGCACCGAACAUGCAAGGAGUGGUCUCAAAGUUACCAUUCCAUCUACAAGCAAAAUGGAGAGACCUCGUAGCCAAGAUCAGAAGGGACAACGCAAAGAUAGCAAACUUUGAGAACCUCGCCAGUUUUGUCCAAUCGGCUGCUGAUGCUCCAAGUGAUCCAGUGUUUGGGAAAGAAGCUCUCAAUAAAAGCAAAGAAAGCUCCAAGAAAUUUGAUAAAAGAGACAGCAUUCAGUUAAAGAACAAGAACUGUAGUUUUGCAACAAAUCCCACCUUAAUACAUGGGGCCGGGUCACCAAAACCGAUCAUCGUCUGUCCAUUGUGCAACUCCUCUCACGACCUGGACGACUGCCAACUUUUUCUGAAGAAAACCGUCGAGCAAAGAAAAGAAUAUCUCAAGCAAAACAAGAUGUGUUUCGCCUGUUACGAGAAGAAUCACAUUUCAAGAGGCUGUUUACGAAAAAGAAAUGUAAGAAAUGUAACAAGCCACAUCUAUCUGCUCUUCACGUUGAUGACUUUAAAUUAG